AUGGACAAGGAAAGUCCCAAGGUGGUAGACCAGCACCUGCUGGAACAAAUGAAGAACACCAUCGAAAUGUUCGCCCAAGAUUCCACCUGCACAAGUAAGGAAGCAUUUGCAGAUGAUAAGUAUGCAUACAGUCUAAUUGAUUACUACAAAAGCAGGAGGACGAAAAAUGUCGUUAUACACAUGCUAAAAAACGACAUAAAUAUAUUGCACUACAAUGAAGAAUACAAAAAUAUAAUUUUUAUCAACUUUUUAAGAUUGUGCCAAUUGAAUAAUUUAAACGUAAAAAAGUAUCAUGAUAUGUUUUUAAAAUAUGAUAUUUUCUCCUACAUUUUGAAUUCGGAAAAAUACGUACAUGUUUUUUUAAAGUCAAUUAUAAAUAAUGACAAAUUGUUGUGGGAUGUGAAUACCGACCAUUUUGAAUUCGUUGCCUUUCCCAUGGCUGGCAGUGCACAGAAGGAAAAUGACGAAACAGGAAACCUGGGUAACCAUUACGAAGACAGCUGCUACGUGUUGGAAGAAAGGCAAAAAUUACAACUCGAUGAUCUUGUCGAAAAUUCCUCAGAUUGUUGUGAGUCCUCCCCAUUUAGCGAAGACGAAAUUUCCGUAUCUUCUGGAUUUUCCGAAAAGUCCCCACACGUGAUGAGAGGUUACCAAAUGGUGAAUGGCAAUUUACCCCACCCGUGCAGGGGUACCAAUUUGGAGCAGUACCUUAAAAAAGGAAAUGCCGCCCUUGCGAAAAAGGAACACAUCUUUCAGAAGCAACUAAUCGAGGAGGACGAAGCGUCAGUGGAGUGCAUAAAUGGCAGUAUCAUCACCAUGCAUGAGGAGGAAAAACCAAAGGAGAGCGAUGACACUAUGUGGGAGGAAAAAAGCCGAAAUAGUCUCGCAGGGCACUGCUUGUCCACCCUGAACAAUAUUAAUUUGAACCACUUAAUAGACACCAUUGUGGACGCGGGUAAAUGGGGUCAUGAUGACACCCCGCUGGGUGGGAUGAGUAAGAGGAGCACCAAUGGCAUGCAAAAAAAAAGUAGCCUAAACGAAUCAAUCAUAGAAAAAUAUGUGACAAAGUCAGAAAAUGACCAAGAUGAGGUGCUCAAUUUGUGUAAAAAGGUUAACAGCAUGGAAAAAAUUAUUAAACAUUUAAUUGGAGAAAUAAUGCGGAGAGAUCUGGUAAAAAAGGGGCCCCUUGAUGGAGUUCCCCUUGGAGUACCCAUCGAAGAAACCGAAGUGGUGAAACAAAAUGACACCCAGAAGAGGCACCAAGGGGUACCCCCCCCAAACGAUAUGACAAGCAAUACGAGCAAGGACUGUGGCGAAUACGCAGAAGACACGGACAGUAAAUAUUUCGAAAGUUACAACAACACAGGUAUACACAGAACUAUGAUUCUAGAUAAGAGCAGAACAAAUUGCUACUACGAAUUUGUAAAAAAAAAUAAAGAAAGAUUUCAAAAUAAAGUGGUCCUGGACAUAGGAUGUGGGUCUUCCAUCAUUUCUCUCUUCUGUGCUGACUACGCGAAAGUUGUUGUCGGAAUUGACAACGCCCAUAGGAUAUUAACAAAAGCAAGAAAAAUAACGGAAAAAAAUGGAGCCAAUAAUAUUUACCUUUUCGAAGGAAAAAUAGAACAAAAUGAUAUUUAUGUUGAUGAGAAGGAGGAAAUACACUACGUUAACAAAGAGGAAGACUUAGAAAAAUAUAAAAAAAUUUACAAUAUUCAGAAGCUGCAAAUUCUAAAAUUUGAUAUUAUUAUUUCCGAAUGGAUGGGAUAUUUUUUAUUUUACGAAUGCAUGAUUGACACCAUUUUGUAUGCUAGAGAUUUCUACCUAAAAGAAAAUGGCUUGUUGUUACCAAACAAGGUUUAUCUAUACCUAGCGGGUUAUAAUGACUUAGAGUAUAUAAAUGAAAAUAUUUUAAUUUGGGACACCCCACUGUAUGGAAAGGACCUCUCUCAAUUGAAACCCAGCUUAAAGCAUUUUCUGGAAAAUGCUAAAAUUAUCAAUCUAGACAAAAGUAAUGUGUCCACUGAAGUGGUUAAUUAUGCCAUAGUUGAUAUGUACACAUAUCGUAAAAAUGAAAAUGUGUAUAUUUCUUCUGAUUUCAAAAUUGUCGUUAAUAAUGGAAGACUCGUGACGAGUUUGUGUUUUUAUUUCGAUUGCCACUUUGAAGCGUAUAGAUUUUGUCAUGGUGAAUCAACGCACAGUGCGCAGAAUAUCUCUCCCACUGGGGAACAAUGCACAAAUGCCAUUUUGACGACUAGUAUGUUUGAGCAAGAAACGCACUGGAGGCAGACCCUAUUGCAUCUGCACUGCCCGAAUUUUACCAUCGCUAGUAUUUCUGCUCCCGCGGAAGGGGAACACCCCAAUGAGCUGUCCGGCAGGAUAUUCAUAUCGGCGGCUGCUGAACACUCUAGAAAUGUGACCGUUCUUUUGCAGAUUAGAAAAAAUGAGUCGAUGAAUGUGGGCGAGGACUGGACGUGUUGGUAUUCCCUCGACUGA